AGUUGAGGGCUUGGGGGCGGCGCCGCCGCCUCUUUGCCGCUUGAAAGACAUGGCCGGCGGUGGGGCUCCCUCCUCGCUUCGUGUGCUGGUGGACAUGGAUGGGGUCUUGAGCGACUUCGAGGGCGGGCUGCUCCGCGACUUUGUCGCUUCCUACCCCGAGGAGCCUCACGUGGAACUGGCGCAACGAAAGGGCUUUUCAGCGCUGGAUCAAUACCGGCGCCUGCGGGAAGACCUAGGGGACAAAAUAGCCAAGGUCUAUGAAUCACCUGGCUUCUUUCUGAGUCUGCAGCCCAUCCCAGGAGCUAUUGAAGCAAUGCACGAGAUGAUUCAAAUGCCCAACACUGAAGUUUUUAUUUGCACAAGUCCUUUACGGAAAUAUGAAUACUGCGUUUCAGAAAAGUAUGUAUGGGUUGCGCAGCACUUGGGUCCUAAAUUUGUGGAGCGACUAAUUCUGACUCGAGAUAAAACAGUUGUUUCAGCUGAUCUGCUCAUUGAUGACAAAGACAUCAUUAAAGGGAUAGAGCCAAAUCCAAGCUGGGAACACAUCUUGUUCUCUUGCUGUCACAACAAACAUCUAAAGCUGCAGCCGCCACGGAGAAGGCUUGAAUCUUGGACCAAUGACUGGAAGGCGAUACUGGAGAGCAAACGCUCCAAGUGAAGCAUAUAGAAAAGAACAUUUAUUUCAGCCACCAUCAAAAAGCUCUGGGAAGUAUUUGCUGAUCACCAAUGCCAAUUGGAAACAGAGACAGGCCCUUCGAGUCAGAUGAUCCAUAUGGGAAUAAGAUUGUAUCUUAAUUCCAAAUGCGCUUGACUGAUUUAUUAAAAUAUUAAAUCCUUGGAUGGAA